AUGAGCGUCGAAGAACAAAUUCAAUCUUUCAAGGAGUCACAUAAUCGGCUCACUGCAGUACUCCGUGAACGUCAAAAACGCCGCAAGUUGCAAUUAAACUCUGUUGAAGAAUUUAAGAAAAUUUUCUCAAAUAAUAUAAAAGCUAGAGAACUAGGACAGAAUUCGCAUAAUAAUGCAUUUGAUUCGAAUAUAGAUACAUCGCUUUCAAACACUAAACAUACACAAAAAACUGAAACAGACAAUAAACGCAAACAUUCAGCAGAAUUCACUUUAAUGCCUAAAGUUUCACUCCCAGUUACUUUGCAAGUUAAUACUUCUGUAAAUAAGGUAGAAAGUCAACAACAACAACAGGGAGAACAACAGGCAUCGGGUCAAGAAGGUGAAAAAACUAUUAGAAAUGAUUAUUGUCAAUAUUUUGUUGAUUCUGGACGUCGCCCUCAAAAUUUCAUUCGUGAUACUGAACUAUCUCAACGUUUCGAUGAAUAUCCUAAACUCAAAGAAUUGACAAAAAUGAAGGACACUUUGGUAGCAAAUAUGGCAACACCAGCAACUUAUUUAAAAGCUGAUCUUCGAACAUUUGAUCUUAAAUCUCUUGGAGUUAAAUUCGAUGUUAUUUUGAUUGAUCCACCUUUGGAAGAAAAAUCACCAUUGAUCGCAGGCACAAAUCCUGAUUAUUGGAACGUAGCGGCAAAUCCUUCAUUUAUUUUCAUUUGGUCUGGAGAUUCAGAGGGACUUGACCGUGGUCGACAAUUACUCCUCAAAUGGGGAUAUCGCAGAUGUGAGGAUAUUGUAUGGAUUAAAACAAACAAGAAAUGGGAGGGAAGUCGUUUCAUUGAACCUAGAUCUGUUUUCCAACACACGAAAGAACACUGUAUAAUGGGCAUCAGGGGUACAGUUCGACGCAGCACAGAUGGACAUUUUAUUCAUUGCAACGUGGAUACAGAUGUUAUUAUAUCCGAAGAACCAACUUUCGGGAUAGGCACAGCUAAACCCGAAGAAUUAUAUCACAUUAUAGAACAUUUUUGUCUAGGGCGCAGAAGACUUGAAUUAUUUGGAGAGGACCAUAAUAUUCGACCAGGUUGGUUAACUAUCGGAACUGGUUUAUCAAGUUCGAAUUUCGAUGCAACUACGUAUGCGUCAUAUUUCAAUGAGCCUAGUGGGCAUUUACUUGCUUCAACAACUGAAAUUGAAAAUUUACGACCAAAGUCACCACCAAUACGAGACAAUUCAGCAUCAAAACUAGGUGGACCACCGGGUGCCAUUAUGAAGUCCAAAACUAAAAAACAAAAUAACAAUGUCAUGGCACCUCAAAUGCAGCCACAAAUCCCGACAUUUACUCAUCCUCAUCGUUGGAUGCCACCAACAAUGGAUCUUAAUGUAUAUGGAAAAUGA